AAAGCUGGCCAAUGAAAAUAAUACCUUGUACAAGGGUCUGCCCGGAAGUUUACGUAAAGCAUCACAACCAUAUGACAAGUGACUGUAUAAGCAUCACAAACAUAUGACCCGUGUCGAGGCUCGUAGAUACAAGGAAAAUGCAAAUAACGAUGAAGUGCACCUUAUAUUUAGUGCCGCUUAUCCUCAUGAGUUUAACAUGUGAAGCUACAGGGGAAAAUGCUUCCAUCAGUCUUCCUGAAUCACUUCACACUCGCCAGACUUCCGGAAACAAAUGGUUUAUAAGCCCUUUCACGUUUGCCGUUAAAAUUAAUAUAACUUCAACUACUGUCUAUGAGCUUCGAGGAUUCAUACCUCCUAAUGCACAAAAGUUUACGGUGGAACUGUGUUCUGAAGAGGACUGCUUACCUGACAAAAUUCUUCACGUCAGCAUUCGGUUUAAUCACCAACUUGUGGUCCGAACUCACAGGUAUAAUGGUAAAUGGGGCAAAGAACUGACAAGAGGAGGUAUGCCCUUCACAAGAGGAACCAAUUUCACCUUCAAGAUUCAAAAUACUCCGGCAAAUAUAAAGCUAUAUGUGAACAGUCUUUAUUUCGCCGACUUUAAACAUGAAGUUCCGUGGUCUGAGGUUAAUUACCUCAAAGCUUAUGGUGAUGCCCACAUAUACAGAGCUAGUGUAUUUAGUGGCAGACUGCAAACAGUCUUUCGUCAUCCUCUUGGGGCUGGUGACUGGAUUCUAUACAGAUCAACUCAGCCAGCACAAUUUGAAAG